AUGGCACUUGUUGCUAUUAGACACAAGAGAGCCAAUCACAGGGCUUUGCCAGCAAACUACAUGAAUAAUUUGUUGCUACUGGGUUGCUGGUGGUUACAAGGAGCUGCUACAACAGCAGUGAUGGCCUUCCUGGUAGAAGACAGCUUGAUAAAGACCAGUUUGAUUGAGCAGGUUGUCGCCCCCAUCACCGCUCACAUUUGCUACCUCACGCUGCUGUCUGAAGCUGAUGACACGUCAGGACAGUUCAUCCAGCUGGAGGCUUCAGCUCGUGCUGUAGCAAAAGCCUCCAGAAACAUGGCUGAUGUAGCAUCGAGAGUGAUGGCAGAGUCAGAUGAUGAUGUCAUGAGGUUGGAAAUGGGUCUACUCCUGGAACCUCUAAUGAUGUCAGGUCAGCACGUACUUCUUGCCACUCAAAAGCUCAGCAUACAGCCAGAGGUUAGAGAGCACAGAGAAGAACUUAUUGAAGCAACACAGAAUGUGCUCCUAGGAGUUGUGAAGGUUCUUUUAGUGGAGGAUGAUGCAUCUGUAAGGAAAAUAACUACAGCUGCUCACUGGCUUCUGGACUGCCUAAGAAACAUUGGAGACGCUACAGACAUGUCAUCAUUACUAAAAGCAUUCCAGGCAUUUUCCAAGGCAUUACUAUCACUUCACGACUUGGUAAUGAAUAGAGUAAAAGACCUACGUGAUCACAGGCAUGAAGAUUGUGUGAAAACAUCUGUGGAAAUAUUGAGAAGAAGUAUCUCAAUGCUUCACACUGCCAUGUACACAACAAUCAAACACCCAACCAGUGAGGUGGCACAAGAGUCAAAGAACUACAUCCUCCAACUAGUGGAGUCCACUAUACAUGAUAUCAUAAUGACAUUCGAAGGAAACUGUCAGUGCUUGUCCGUGAGCUUGUGUGGAUAUUACACUGACAAACGAAUCAGAUUGUUGAAAUCGCUGUCUGAUCCAGCAUUCAAUUUGUUUAAAGACAGUAACUUUGAUGCGGUGCUGCGUGAUUUGGUGUUCCAUAGCAUGGCUGUCGCAAACUCCUGUCAGAGAGAAAUUAGGUCUUGUGUGACUGCAAAUUGUAAGCUUGUUCUGCAACUGUGGUCAGAGAUAUCACAGCAGAUGAGACAGAUAAAUAUAAAUUGCACAGAUAAGCAGGAGCCAAAAGAUCAUCAGGAGAAGUUGCGUGUCUCUUUAAUGAUACAAAUCCAUGAGCUGGAUGAGGCAGUGGUAAAAGCAACUUUAUAUCAGGUAAUUGAUACCUUUGUCUUAACAUCAGGUCCUCUAGAGCAGCUUGUAAACACUAUACAUAAUCUGUUUGAAGCUGAUUUAGAGGUUGGUUUGGACCUGGAUCCUAUCCAAACUUUAUCUAAAACAUUCAUAUCCUAUGCAGAUAGGAUGGCUAAAGUAGCCAGGUUCGUCUCAGCUUUAGCUACUGAUGAAAAGAGUCUUGAGAGUUUGGAAAACUCAGUUUCUUGCCUUCUGCGACUUAAGGAUGGAGUCGUACCACUUUUGCUGGAGCUUGAGGGAGAUUCAGUACAGUACCAUGGAGCUCUACAUAAACUGAUCAUUUUUCACCAGAAAUGGGAGGAAGAAACAGAGCAACUGCUGAAUGCAUUCUGUGACAUCAUAAACGUAAAGGAUUUCAUACACCUCUCUGUUCUGGAGAUGAAGCAUGAUUUGGAUAAGUGUGUAGAGGCCCAUAAAUCCCAGGACCAUCACCUUUUGAGCAAACAUUUAAGACUUCUGAUUGGUCGAAUGAGCCAGGUAGUUCAGUUUGUAAGAAGAUGUGUAGAUAAGAGUGAUGAUCCCAUCUACCGUAACGGAUUACUGGUACUUGUUAAGCAAGCUGAAAGAUCUCUAGCUGAAGUGACAGGGUAUGCAACAGACAUAUUUAACACCAAAUUUCAAGAUGAAGCGUUCCCUUUGUCAGCCAACAGCAUCACGUUGGCUAUAAAGAACUUUGAUGUUCUUCAUGAGGGUUUAGACGGUCUACAACACCCACAUCUGCUUAGUCCUCUAAGAGAAGGUGCUCGGCAGGUGGCUUCUACCCCACCAGUCCCUUCCAUCGAGGAGCCAAAAAAGACAACAAAUAAUGAGGCCAAAACAGAGAGUUUAGAUAAUAGAGAUGAAAAGGAAAAUUUAGCAAUUAAGCUUAAAGUAACAACUCCAGAAAAGAAACAUCAUGAACUUACCACAGUGCAUCAGCCUGAAAGCACAGAGGUAAAGAAGCCAUUAUCUGUAGACUCGAAAUCUGUCCAAAUGUCUCACAGUGCUGACUUGUUGCCUCUCUUAUACGAAGUGGUUAACAUGAGUAAAGAUAAAAACGUUGAAGCUUUAAACAUAGCUUGCACACGGAUUAUGGAACUUUCCACUUGUUAUACCCAGGCGACAAAGGAGGUUGCCAGUAUUGUAGAGGAAAAUGCUAAUCAGGAAAUGGAAACCCUUCGGUCUGAGCUAAUUACUCUGACACCACUACUUGUCCAGACAGCACAGGAAACAGCCAUGAGCUCAGUCAAGAUCAUAGAUACUGUCUAUAAACAUAGUGCUCAGUUUUCUGACCUCAUUAAAACCACACACAAUAUUCUGCUGCCAGUAACUGGCAUGUGGUAUCAUGCAAUCAAAGCAAUGAUUCAUAGCCACACAGCAAACAUGGUGGACAACUGCAUCCAAGAGCUCACGGAUGUUAUUUGUUUGUGUUCAGACACAGUUGAACUUGUGACAUCAGCUGAUAUUAAAGUGAGGAGCAGUGACAGUAAUGACAGCAUAACAUCUCUGUUAAGCAAGCUCCAAAAAGCCCAAACUAAUACAAAGAAUCUUACAGACCUCCUGGUCUCCAAAACAAGCCAGUCUGAUGGAUUUGAUGGACCUUGCAUCCUCUGGGCAUUAUCCAUCCAAGUUUUGUUAACCUCACUGGAUAGGAUUUUUGGAAUGGGUACCACUCAUGGAAGGGGACAGUUGAGCCAGCAUCAGAUGACACCUAAAAAAUGGUUUGCAACAAUGUCUGAGAACUCACUUCGAAUCCAAGAGGCAGCAAGGCUGUCUUCAUUAAACUGUACAGACAGCUGUAAAGCCAAACUCUUGAAAGAACGGGAUGAUGUGAAAGCGCUCAGUGAGGUCUAUUUACAGGCCACGGAUGACCUUGGUACUAUAUCCAGGUCAGGUGUUCUGAGACUUGCAAGAACAGAGCUUCUACAGAGACAGCUUCAGAUUAAAAUGAAAUCACUUUGUUGUGUCUUGAGCAAAGUUAAUGAGGAGUAUGUAACAGCAAUUCAAAACAUUAUCUCUUUGGCUUGUUCAGCAAUCAUAAAAAAAUGUUCCAUGGAAGCUGACGAAAUCCGAACACAGUUUGAUGCAACUGCUGAAGUUUUGCUGAGGAAUGUUAAAAGUGCCACGGAAUCUGUCCAAGAAUGUUUGAACUUCAUGAGGGACCCAAGAGAGCGGUCCAAUCUGAGAUUUAUCAGUGACCAUUUGUCAUUUCAGAUGUCAGAAAUAGUGAGUAGAGCAAAGUUAAUAAUGGAGACACAGACUGUUUCUGAGACUUUAAGCAUUGACAUUCAGACACAGUGCUGGUCAGCAAAAGCACAUUACCUUGUAGAAGAACUUUACAAAGUAGAUGGAAUUUUUCCUGUCACAAAAGAACAGAUCAAACUUGGCUUGCAGGGCAAAGCCUACAGUGGAGUUCUGCAGACUGAUAUAAAACAAAGCUCCAUCACAGAGACCACAAAACCUCCUAGAAAAGUCAUCUCUGAAAAAGCAAGCCGUGUAAACAUUCCUCCUGUGAGGAACCAGGAAUCAAAAAUGAGUAGUGCUAAAGUGCCAGUGUUCAGCUCUCUGGAUCCAUCUCUGGCCUACACUUCACUCUUCCUGAAACAAGAAGCAGAAAGGUGGGAUGUUCGUGGAAAUCAGAUUGUCAAGGUGACCAGAGAAAUGGCUGAUAAAAUCUAUGACAUGACCCAAUACUUAAAGAGGAAAGGGCCAAUUCAGAGUAAAGAUGCCUUUGUAUCAUCAGCUAAAGAUUUAGUCUUGAGCUGCCAGACUGUCACACAUUUUGUGAAGAUCAUAGCUGACCAUUGCCUGGAUCAACACUCUAAUAAGGAGUUGUGCAUAAUAGCUGAGCGGAUUGUCACCAUUACUAACCAGCUCACCAUUAUUUCCAGGUGAGGUAUAUCAAGGCAGACUUAUUACCUAUAUUGAAUCUAGGUUUUUCACAACUCUACACAUUUCAAGUCAUCAUACAUUUCAAGUCAAGUAGGGCAUCUAUGAUGUUUACAACAUACACUAUAUUGCCAAAAGUAUUCGCUCACCCAUCCAAAUAAUCAGAAUCAGGUGUUCCAAUCACUUCCAUUGCCACAGGUGUAUAAAAUCAAGCACCUAGGCAU